UGUACCAGCUGAACACUACCACCGCUGACGGCGCCAUGGCCCACGGCCGCGCUGGUUCCAGCACCGGCGCGCUGGCGCGGGCGCGGGCGGAGUUGGAGCGUGGGGUGGAGGAGGGCCUCCACUACGGCGCACAGCUGGCGGUCAUCCAUCGUGGGGUCUCCAUGGAACUGUGCGUCGGGGAGGCGGCGCCGGGCCGGCCCAUGCGGAAGGACGACGUGCUGUGCUGGAGCAGCUCAGUGAAACCCCUGGUGGCGAUCCUCUUGGCGAAGCUGCAGGAGCGAGGCGCUUUGAGCUUCGACGAUGCCGUGGAGCGUUUCCUCCCGGGAUUUGGAACCAAGGGCAAGUCCCAGGUGACUCUACGUCAUUGUCUGACCCAUACCGCUGGACUUUGGGCUUCGACUCUCAAGAUGCCGGAGAAGAAGAGCCCCGAGGAGGUGUUACAGCACAUUUGCCAGCAGCCGCUGGCAGAAGGUUGGGAGCCUGGACGCCGCUGUGGCUAUGACAGCCCUGCCUGGUAUGUGCUUGCCGGCGUCGCAGAAGCCGCCGCGGGUGCAGCGCCAGCCGUGGCUGGUGCAGCCGCCGACGCCGAAGGCGACGCGGAAGGCGACGCGGAAGGCGACGCGGAGGCGUCGCGCUUCGCAGAGUUGGUGAAGAAGGAGAUCUUUGAGCCUUUGGGCUUGCGAAGCUCUUCCAUAGGCAUGCGCUCGGAACGCCGAGCCGAGCUGGAGAAAGCAGGCCGCUUGGCGCCGCUCUACCAGAUGUCGCGCUGCUCUACGAGGCCCUGGACGGCGAUCCAUGAGGAGCAAGCUGCGAAGGUCCAGUUCCCUUGUCCCGCGGGCAAUGGCCGAGGUCCCGCCCAGGAGCUUUGCGCUGUUUAUGCAUCCCUCCUUCCUGGUGCUGUGCCUGAGCGGCGUUUGCUUCGCCCCGACACAGUGGAACUCCUCACAAGCACUGCACGACGAGGGUUGUAUGAUGAGCUACAGGGAACGGACACCGAGUGGUCCUUGGGCUUUGCGGUGAACUGCAUCCUUUCAGGCCGCUACGCGUCUGCGAAAGCCUAUGGCCAUGGGGGCUCGCAAAGUUCCUGGGCUUUUGCGGAUCCAGCGAAUGACUUGGCGGUUUGCUGCCUCUGCAACGGCAAGCCAGGCCCGGAGCAGCACUACCGCCGGGUUGGAGCUGUCAGCACCGCCAUCUAUGAGGACCUGAACCUGUGCAGCAGUGAGCCGCGGUCCUUCACCUUGCCCGGCGGUAUGGGGAGCUUCUGAAUGAACCCAAAAAGAUGUGCCGCAUGCGGACCGCCGGGCGUGAGCCGCGCGCAGCGACGCGGAGCAAGUGCCUUCUUUUUGUUGGGGGCAGGCAGAGGAUGUGUUGUUUUGUUGCGGUGUGCGAACAAUGGGGAGAAUCCAGCUUUUCGCCCAAGGAUAUUGAGUUGUUGUUCAUGGUGGUCGAAACUGUCAAGAGCCGGUCAUUCUUCCACUGACUAUCAUGCAACGGCUUCGCUGAGGCACUACUAAACCAUACAGGCUGGAGAGGCAACGCGCUGCCUGGCCCGGGGAAGAUGAGCUUUUACAUGCUUUUACCAAACAAGGGGCGGGAAACAAAUCUUUGGAAGACCACGUGUAGUAACGUGUCCAUCUGAAGAUUGUAAUUACCGCACCGAUGGAGGGGUUCAUGAUGGAUCUCUAGUAUAUCUCGCUUGAAGUGGGGAGACAGAGUCCCUAACCAAGACUUUUGAGGUUAUAUAUAUCGUUUUUCAGGAGGUGUAGAGGGUCUCUCUCUUUACAAGCAUCGAAAAAAGUUGUCGCCUACAAGACUGGUGCUUUGCGGGGACAUAAAACGAUGUAUUGUCGAAAGCCUCAACCAAAGCGAAGACGAGAACGUGUUCUUCUUCACCCCCUGGUUGAACCUCGAUCAUGAUCCGUAUCCCGGAUUUGUUGUGGUGCCUAUGCCUUGCGUUCUUGGACACCACCGUCCAGGACAGGGAGUCAGUUCCCAGACACGACCCGUAGACGGGACUGCCAAUACCGAUCAGUUGGGGUGGUGCCGGGGGGGUCAAUGGGGCGGCAGUCCGGACUGCCAGUCCCAUGGAGUGUAUGGGGUUCUACAAGUUGGAGACGUGUGUCUUUUUUCCGCUGGUCUGUCUUAGCGCCGAAGGUCUUCGAGUUGGGCAUCCCACCCACGACCGUCCCGGUCGACGACUUGGACCCCCUCCCCUCCAGGCCACCCCCCCUCCCUGGCUUCCCCUGGCUCCAAGCGAGCCAGGUCUCCCAUGGUCUCUCAUGGUCUCCAACGUCUCAUCCCAUGUAGGCCAAGAGAGGUUUUCGAGACCAGAACUAGGACCUAUGGCUGUGGUGCAUAUGGGAUGGGCGCUAGGAUGGGCUGUUCAACCUUUGUUGGGGCGUUUGAUCAUCCCCCGUCUCAUUCCCCCAAUGGCUGUGGUGCCCUUGACCGAUGCCCCAGGCAGAUUGACUCCCAGUCUCGCCAGGUAUCGUGCCCCGAAGGCCUUGUACAAUGACACUUACGU